UCCCACCCCCCUCACAAAAACAAAAAUCUCUCUCUCUCGCAGCGUCUCAUCUCAAAGCUUUAACACCCCCCCCAGAAAAAGGGGAAAAAGAAAAUGUCGGGUCGGGGGAAGGGGGGGAAGGGGUUGGGGAAGGGGGGAGCGAAGCGGCACCGGAAGGUGCUGCGGGACAACAUCCAGGGGAUAACGAAGCCGGCGAUCCGGCGGCUGGCGCGGCGCGGCGGGGUGAAGCGGAUCAGCGGGCUGAUCUACGAGGAGACGCGCGGCGUGCUCAAGAUCUUCCUCGAGAACGUCAUCCGCGACGCCGUCACCUACACCGAGCACGCCCGCCGCAAGACCGUCACCGCCAUGGACGUCGUCUACGCCCUCAAGCGCCAGGGCCGCACCCUCUACGGCUUCGGCGGCUAACCCUAACCCUAACCCUAACCCUAACCCUAGCCCUAAGAAUUUUAUAGGGUUUUGGACUGCUGCUCUUCUUAUUUCGACUAGUGAAAAGCACUUUAAGGAGGGGAUUAGAUACUUACAUGUGUUUAUGUCUUAC